CAGCAGGGCCCCCUCCCAAACAGAGCAGCACAGUUUGUAUAAACGUCCCACAAUGAUCGGAGCUGCUCGGAGGGAUAACAAUUAGCGCCAUGCCCAGCACUGGGUGAAGGGAGGAAUGUGCAAGGCUCUGAGCAAACGCACCCAGUGGGAGAUGGAAGGCUUGAGAGGAGGAGGAGAGGGACCCUCCAGUAACCAGUGCAGGAAUUUCCUCUCCAGCCCCUCGGUGUUUGGGAGCCCCUCCAGCAGGACGGUGCCGGGAUUGGCCUAUUCUGCCCCAGAUCGCUCCGGCUCAGCCCGGGCAGAGGCCACCAAGGAAGGUCCCACUUGCCCCGCUUCGACUGGCCCGUCUGGCCCAUCCCUUGGCUAUGGAUACCACUUCGGCAACGGAUACUACAGCUGUCGCAUGUCGCAUGGGGUCGGGCUACAACAGAACCCCCUGAAAUCCUCCAGCCAUGCCUCCCUAGGGGGCUUCCCAGUGGAGAAAUAUAUGGACGUGUCUGGCUUGGCCAGUACCAGUGUCCCCAGCAAUGAGGUGUCUUCCAGGGCCAAGGAGGUGUCUUACUUCCAGGGCUACACCAACCCCUACCAGCAUGUCCCUGGCUACUUGGAUAUGGUGUCCACCUUUAGCUCUGGGGAGCCCAGACACGAAGCGUACAUCUCAAUGGAAGGCUACCAGUCAUGGACUCUGGCUAAUGGCUGGAACGGGCAAGUUUAUUGUCCUAAAGACCAGUCCCAAGCCCCACACUUCUGGAAGUCCUCCUUCCCAGGAGAUGUAGCGCUAAACCAGGCGGACAUGUGUGUGUACCGGCGCGGCAGGAAGAAGAGGGUGCCCUACACCAAGCUGCAGCUCAAAGAACUGGAAAAUGAAUAUGCAGUUAACAAGUUCAUUAACAAGGACAAGAGGAGGAGGAUAUCGGCCGCCACCAAUCUCUCUGAGAGACAGGUCACUAUAUGGUUCCAGAACAGGAGGGUCAAGGACAAGAAGAUCGUCUCCAAACUAAAGGACACCAUUUCCUGAUCGGCCCUUUUCUAUAACCCAAAGGGAAAGCUUGAACCAGCCCAAGUGUUAUCAUUCUGUGCCAUGUGAGAUGCGCCCCUCUCCUGUGUUUGUGGGGGCAGCCGACACAUCGAUCAGUGUGAACCCCUAUUGCAUAGAACCAUUCAAUUGUUUUCUUUCUUUCGCUGGUACUAAAUUCUGUACAGAACCAAGACCCUCACAUAGAAUCCUGCGCCUCUUUCCAAUCGCCAGGAAACCUUUAAUUGCCAGUCAAGGAAAUAUUUAUUCCAUGUCUGUAAAUGCGGGGGAAAUUCUCCUGUAAUCUCCAAGCCUCUGCCUAGUGCACAAGUCAUCGUAUAUUUUAUAUAUUUAAUGUUUUUUUGCCAGUUAUUAUACAUCAAAUCAGAAAGGGAGGUUUGUGCCAUUACUCGUCUUACCCAGUUCAGCCCCCCACAUUCUGAAAUUGGUAUUAAAUCAAAUCUUAAAUGAACUCAUAAAUUUUAAAAACGAAAUCAGGCAAAGAAUCAGGUAAAUACAGGGAUCGUUUUGAUAUUGCUCUUAAUUUUAUUUCUUUGCAAAUAACGGGAAUAUUCGAUGUUCCUAAAUAUAUAUGAAGUCGACCUUUCAUCUGUUUAGAUGGCAUUUCUUUAAAUUCAAACAUUUGGCACUGCAAUUCUACGAGAAAAUAAUAUUAAAUAUUUUUGUAUGGAUUUAAUUAUUGUCUAACGAGGAAUAAUAUUUAUUUUUGAAAAAAACGGUAUCUCUCCAGGUAGGAAAAUAUACAAGAGUUUGAGCUAUGCAAUAAUUCUUUAUCCUGGAUGGUAAAGGCCAAGUUUUCA